AUGCUCCUCGGCAUCCUCGUGGCGCUCUGCUUCGUCCCGGCCACGCACCUCACAGAAAACAAGAUUUUAGUGGCUCAGCAUCCUUUGCUCAUCGUAGCUAACGAGACAGCAAGUCUGGUCUGCAACUACACGUACAAUGGGACGGGGAAGGAAUUCCGAGCGUCGCUGCACAAAGGGACAGCCAGCGCGGUUGAAGUCUGCUUUGUGUCAUGGAACAUAACCAAGGUUAGCAGCAACUCUAAUAAGGAAUUUAACUGCAAGGGGAUUCAUGAUACAAACAAAGUAAUCUUCAAUCUUUGGAAUAUGACUGCCAACCAAACGGACAUUUACUUCUGCAAAAUCGAGGUGAUGUAUCCACCCCCAUACGUCUACAAUGAGAAGAGCAACGGGACCGUCAUUCACGUGAAAGAGACACCCAUCCAAAUACAAGAGGUUCAGCCUGCAAACUCUUACUGGAUUAUGGUGGCAGUGACUGGAGUUCUUGCUUUCUACAGCACAUUAAUAACUGCAGUCUUUAUUAACUAUCGGCAGAAAAGCAAGGAGAGAAUGUUUCACCAGAGCGACUACAUGAACAUGACCCCCCGGCACCCUCCUUACCAAAAGAACAAGGGCUACCCCUCCUACGCGCCCACGCGAGACUACACGGCUUACCGCUCCUGGCAGCCGUGA